ACGGUUGAUUGCAUAGCCUUUCUCUCUUGCUGCCAUUAAAAUGUUAGAAGCUUGGUGAUUGCCUAAGAACUUGAUCACUUCAUGUAGAUGUUAGUAUGAAUGGUAGCUAGAUGUUCAACAUUGUUGUUAGAUGCCAUUGGAAUGUUAGAAGCUUGGUGAUUGCGUAUGAACUUGAUCACUUCAUGUAGCUGUUAGUAUGAGUGGUAGCUCAUGAAGUCAGUUUUUGAUUUAGCAGAAGACAUGGUAAUCUUAUGGAUUAGGAAUUGGUAGCUAGAUGUUCAACAUUGUUGUUUCAGCCUUUUAUUAAUACAUUUCUGUGGCCUAAUUUGUUGAAAGCGGAAAGUUUUGCUUCUUGUUUUCAAUGUCCCAAGUAGAGGUACGGUUACAGUGGGAUUACCACCAGACUGGGUUGAUGUAUCUGAGGAGAUUUCAGUUAACAUUCAACGUGCAAGAACCAAAAUGGCUGUGGGUGUGGAUUCUUGGAUCAUUUGCAGCUUCCUUGGAUCUCUGUUUUUUAAAGAGCUCUCUGUUUUUUAAUUUGAAAGUUUUGUAGGUAAGUAUUAAUAAUUUUUUGUCCAAAGAUCAUUGAAUUUGGUUUGUAUCUUUGUUCACAUUCAAGUUUUGGUCUAUAGUUAAUAAUAAAUUACAUCUUUGUAAAAUGUUUAAGAAUAUUAUAUUAUUAUAUCUUUAUUUUAAGAACACCAAAAUUAGUUCCCCUAUUUUUUUACCUAUGAUCUUAACAACUGAUCUUACAUUAUUUUCACUAUAUAUUUAAUCUAAGAACACAAAAAAAAGUUCUCCCAUUAAGUAUGCCCUUUGUUUUCUCCAUCACAAAGCAAACCAACACAAACAAAAGCCCACCAGUUAAUCAAAUCUCUCUCGCCGCUACUCUCUCUGCUCUGCCGCCGGUUUUCACUCCGGUACGUCUCUCAGAUCCGUCCGGGAUUUGGAGUUUGUGUUCCGGAAAAAGAAAAAAGAACUGUUGUUGGAAUGAUGUGCAAAUGAGACAUUAUUGGAAAUGUUAUUUGCAGCAGAAGGAGGAGGAUUCUUCUCUUCAUCAGCUUCUGGGUAUAGCAAUGGUUUAGCUCUUCUUCUAUUAGGUCAGAAGAACGAACAAAAACCUGUCAAGGUGUCAUCAUCACAAUGGAACCAUUAUCAUUUGGUAGUUGAAGAAUCUAAUACCGGGUUUCGGUUAGAUUCGUCUAAGAACUGGCUCUCCUCUGCCUGCACUUCUCUUAUAUGUUUUGGUCGCAAAUCCGAAAGACCGGAUAAUCCAUCUCCUAUCCGAGUCAGUCCUUCUCAUACAAAAGAUUUCACUUCUGACUCUUCAGUUCAUCGUGAGGGGAAGAAGGAUCAGGCACCUAGUGUGGAGUAUAAUUGUGAAGUCACUAAUAGGUUUGCGCUUAAGAGCAGUUUGAAGAAAAGAUCAUUUAGUGAUGUUGUUAUUGGUGAUGAUGAUGUGAGUAGAAAUGGUGUGGUGGAUCAUACAGAUAGAAGGAAAGUGCAAUGGCCUGACACUUGUGGUAUUGAGAUCGCUGAGGUCAGAGAGUUUGAGCCUAGUGAAGUAGGUGAAUCAGACGAUGAGAUCCAUCAUGGAAGUGGUAAAAGCUGUAUGUGCACAAUCAUGUGAAGUCACCUUCUUGUCUCUUUCAAGUACCAAAGAGCUUUCAUAUAGUUUGUGGUAGAAACGGCCAAUUCCCCCCUAAACUUAGUUGCUUUAUCGUA